AUGUUGGAGGUGGCAGUUGAGAAGAAUUCCAGAGCAACCCUUAUCAAGAACAUGCUGCGAUACAUGGAAUGGUUGCAGCUCGAUGGUAUUGAGGUGUUUUUGGGUGGAGGUUCACGGGAAUCAGAUGAAGCGGCCUUCACGUUGUUGCAGGAGCUUAAAAGUAGUUUCAUAGCGGCCGGACAUCCAACAUUGGUCGACUAUGUGCAUGUUUUGAGUAGACCUAGACGAUGGCCAAAAUAUCACGACAAUAGUUCGAUACCGGUGGCCAAAGCUACGUUCGAUAUAGAUGAUCAUACAAACAUUACUCUUCAGCGAGCCUUGCAGUACUGGAUCGAUAACAACUGUCCCGCGAACAAGAUCGUACUUGCAGUCAUAUUUGUCGCUCGGAUAUUCAAGCUUGCGAACGUGGCGAAGAAAUGGGAACAACCGCCAGAGCUUACGACAAUGUGUUCCCUCUCGAAGGGAACGGGCUUUUGUCCGUAUGUUGAGCCUUGCCAGAAGUUUAAAGAAGGCGAAUGGACCGUGGGCUAUGACGAUACGGAAGGAUUGGCACCGCACGCAUUUCAGAGCGAUCGUGAUAGCAUUUCAGUUGUUACUCAGGCGUGCUCGAGUACGGUUGUGCGUAGUGUAGGUUGGGACUCGAACAACUUUACUGUUGAAACAAUGUUCAGUAAUCGUAGCAAUCGAUCAAAUAGCCUCCACUCUGGAGGAGUUUCUCUCCUUUCCUUGCUGAUGUUAUUACUGUUGAACCCUUCCAACGGUUCUGUGAAUGCCGAGCGAGUAGUGUGUGGCUUGCAAUCCUCCUCCACAGAAAGACGUGGUGAAUAUCGCUUUGAAAUUGCAGACAUUCCAACAUCGCUGUGCAGCCAUAUAGUGUACGAUCGUAUGGAAAUAGACAUGUUCUCGAGUGCACAGCUUUUCGAUACGCCCGACACGGAGGAAAGUGAUUGGAAAAAGUUAUCCGAGCUAAAGCGCACCAAACCGGAACUAAAACUUCUCGCAAAUAUUGGUAGCCCACGUAUCAUUGAGCUGGCUACUGAGAAGAACUCGAGGGAAACCCUUAUCGAGGACAUGCUACAGUACAUGGAAAGGUUCCAGAUCGAUGGUAUUGAGCUGUAUUGGAGUGGUGGCGUAUUUGGACCUGACGAACCAUUGUUCCUGCUGAUAGAGGAGCUUAAAAGUCGUUUCAUAGCGGCCGGACAUCCAACGUGGGAAGUGAACGCGAUGAUCGAGAUCGAACGACAAACCAUCGAUCAUGCACGAUUGUGUGGAUUGGUCGACUAUGUGCAUAUCUUGGGUUUGGGUCAACGAAAACCCACUUAUCGCGACAACAGUUCGACACCAGUUGCCAAAGCUACGUUCGAUAUAAAUGAUCAUACGAAUGUUUCACUUGAGCACGCCUUACAGUACUGGAUCGAUAACAACUGUCCCGCGAACAAGAUCGUACUUGUAGUUUUAUUACUCGGGCAACCGUUCACGAUUGUCAACGGGAUGGAGAAUGAGGAAGAACCUCAGGAGCUUACGACAUUUUGUGCCUUCUCGAAGGGAUUGCCUGUUUGCCCGUACGUUGAGCUUUGCCAGAAGUUUAAAGAAGGCGAAUGGACCGUGGGCUAUGACGAUACGGAAGGAUUGGCACCGCACGCGUUACAGAACGAUAUGUGGGUAGCCUACGAGAAUGAAGCGUCAGUUGAAAGGAAGGGUGAAAUAGCGAAAAGAAAAAAAAUAGCUGGUGUGUAUGCUUUUACAUUGGAUAUGGACGAUUUCCAAAGCAAUUGUGGAACAUUGUACCCACUGACAAAGGCGUUGAGCAGAUCGUUCAAAUCAACAUCGGCCAAAGCAGAGGCUACAUCUUAA